AAUUUGGUUGAUUUUCUCUAUGUAAACUUCAACCUCGUAAGGUCCUCUUCAAACGUUCUUGAGUUCUUGACUACCAAAUAUUCAUUCAACACUAACCAACUACCUUCACUGCUACCAUCGAACCGAAACUGCAAUCAAUAUCCAUUUUGCUUCCCAUCCAUCAGCAGCACUCUCAACAAGAUUGAAUUCAUAAUAUAUUGGGCAAAUUGUGUUCACACGGGGGAAAACAAAAAGAAAUUCCCAUUCUCUAUUUUUGGCUGGCGCAAAAAUAUAAUCAUCAUCCGUUACUAAAACAUCACUGAUCGGCGUCGCGCACGGUCAAGCGCUCAAGUCACGGUAGAAGCAAGCAUUCCCAGCCGCUGCAGUUCGCCUCGAAGUCUAUGUUGAAUGGUCGUUCGAAUCAAAUAAUAUGAUGUGAAUUGUUAGUUUACCAAAUUUUAGGAUUGUGAUUAAUUUGAAUGCGAAUUUAUGGCACCCUCUACGAUAAUCGAAGACGAUUGGAAUCUCACCUGCUUUGAGCUGCAGCAGGAAGAUCUCAAAGAAUAUGAUUACAAUAUAUGGUUCAUUCUGGGUUGUUUCAUCGGAAUCGUUCUGAUGUCGAUAACAUUGGUCACCUACAUGAUCAUACCGAAUUUCCGAAAUGUUCGUGGAUACAAAAUAUGUUUCCUACUAUUCGGGAUGAUUGCGAUUUAUUGCGCUCAUUUGGCGAUGAAUCUCCGAACAACGUUGAUUCCAUGUCAGGCCCAGGGAUACUUCUACGCAUAUGCCGUCGUGUUCAGCGUGUUUUGGUUGAACGUGUUGUGCUUCGACUGCUUCGCAUUGUUCCGCAGCAGUGAAGCAAAUAGCGUUGAGAAAAAUCGUUUCGCGUACACUUGCUUAUACGGAUGGGGUGGUCCAGCGGCACUUGCUCUGUUUAGUUUCUACAUGGAACGAGCCACUACUGUUGACCCAAAUUAUAAACCCAACUUUAGUACUUGGGCGUGUUUCUAUCACAGUAACAAAACUGCUGAAUUUCUGUACUAUUUUCUACCACUGCUGGUACUUAUGAUCUCCGGACUACUGUUUCUCAUCGUCGGAGCUUUGAGAGCACGAACCCUUCGUCAAGUACCGAGAAAUGUAGUGCGAUUCGACAGAAGUAUCGAUCACAAGAGAUUUUCAUUUACAUCGCGGUUAUUCAUGGCUGUUACGAUUGCAUGUGUAUUGGAUAUCUCAUCAUGGGUUGGCCAUGGCGUUCAUUGGAUAUACUGGCUUUCCAGUGUUUAUGUUUACAUACUAGCGAUCGUGAUAUUUCUACUGUGUAUGUGUAAUUCAGAAGUGAAACAAUGGUUUGUUAAGAAGUGUUGCUAAUAAAGAUUCAAUGGUACAUUCAA